CUUUGUGUUGCAGAUUGCAAAUCGGCCCUUCGUCAGUCGAUUGCAUAUCGGAUUUUAACAUUCAUCUAUAUCUAUUGAAUAAUCUAUGGAACACGACCAGUAGCCAAAGUUUUGUAAUAACGUUUUAUAAACAUUUUACACUCGGUUAAAAAAUAUAUAUAUAUAAUUUACUUUUAUCUCGCUUGUGAUCUCGCUGAGACUUUCACGCUAGAUGAAGUGCCGUUGAAUGCGUUGAACGCGAAGCUACGCAGAGUACGUACAAGACGACGCGAUAGAAGAACGAAACGACGCGUUCGGCCCAAAAAUGGCAUUAAUUAGGAGAGCCUCUCACGCUGGUAGUUGGUACUCGGAUAUUGGUUCGGAAUUGAGCAAGCAAUUGGAAGGUUGGUUGAGCGCGGCUGACUUAUCCCAUGGACCUGCAAGAGCAAUCAUUGCUCCGCACGCAGGAUAUAGCUACUGCGGAGCAUGUGCUGGUUUUGCUUAUCGACAAAUUAGUCCUGUAGUUGUCCGUAGGAUAUUUAUUCUAGGGCCUUCUCAUCAUGUGAGAUUACCAGGUUGUGCCCUAUCUUCGGCUUCCAUUUACCGAACACCGUUAUAUGAUCUACAUAUUGAUCAACAAGUGAGAAGAGAACUGGAAGAGACCGGUCAUUUUGAAUGCAUGGAUCUGAACACAGAUGAAGAAGAGCAUAGCAUUGAGAUGCAGUUGCCAUUUAUUGCUAAAGUUAUGGAAGGAUUCAAGGAUUCAUUUACCAUAAUCCCAAUUUUGGUGGGAUCUUUGAGUCCAGAAAGAGAAGCGCUUUACGGGAGACUGUUAGCACCUUACAUGGCUGAUCCGCAAACAUUGUUCGUCAUUUCUUCAGAUUUCUGUCACUGGGGACAACGUUUUCGCUAUACUUACUACGAUCGAUCAUGUGGACCUAUACACAGAUCUAUCCAAAACCUCGAUAAAAUGGGUAUGGACAUUAUAGAGACUUUGAAUCCUCCAAUGUUUACCGAGUAUCUUAAGAAAUAUGGUAAUACUAUAUGUGGCCGGCAUCCAAUUGGCGUUUUGUUGCAGGUAAUUCACAGUCUUAAAGGAAAUACAAAUGGUCAAAGAAUGAAUCUGAAAUUUUUGAAAUAUGCUCAAAGUAGUCAAUGUAACAAUAUGAAUGACAGUUCUGUCAGUUAUGCUAGUGCUUCCUUAGUUCUUGAGUGAUAACUAUACAAUUCAAGUAUGGUCAUUGGCCAGUCUGAACAUAAACAUUUUUUUCUUAAAGUGGAAUGAUGUUUAACAUGACAGUAAACUUCUAUAAUCAUUAAACGAGAUUAGGCUGAAUGUUGAGAUUUUAUAAUGCAAGAGAAGAUAUUGAAUUUAUUUUAACUGCUGCAAUUUCUAAUAUUAUUUGUAUUACAUGACUACGCGAUGGGUAUUGGGACAAAUAUCAAUUCUUGCGCUACAUUUAACAAAUAGAGAUGUACUAUUAUUAUCAAAAUUUUUGCAUAAAUGCAUUUCGGUUUAUUACUUACAAGAGAUAUAUUCAGUACUUCCAGAUUUCAUGUGUAUAGGAAGGAGCUUAAAUAUUUCUUUGCUUUGAUUCUCGAUAAAUCUUUUAGAAUUAAUAGCAAAGUGUGUUUCAUCUAUACUUUUGAAAAAAAAAAA